GCGCCGCCAGUCUGAAGCAGGUGUUCAACAUGGCGAUCUCGGGACUUGGAUCUCAUUCUAUUUCACUCUUUUUCUACGUGGUUUUCGCAACGUUGCUGCAUAAAGCGCAGGGUCAGAACCUGGUGACGAAUAACGUCUCGGUGGUCGAGGGUGAGACGGCCAUCAUCAGCUGCCGAGUGAAAAACAACGACGACUCCGUCAUCCAACUGCUCAACCCCAACCGACAGACCAUCUACUUCAGAGACGUUAGACCCUUGAAGGACAGUCGGUUUCAGCUGGUUAACUUCUCAGACAACGAGCUGCUGGUGUCGUUGUCCAACGUGUCACUCUCGGACGAGGGCCGGUACGUGUGCCAGCUCUACACGGAUCCCCCGCAAGAAGCCUAUGCAGACAUCACUGUGCUGGACCGGGAUGGAGAGAGCUCGCUUGUUAUGACUGACAUGUCACUCUUGCGGCCGUUCCCAGGUGAGGCGACUAUCGAGGAGUUAUACGACAGGAUGUUCACUGUCACCAGCCGGCUCAGGCUCACCGUCUCCAAGGAGGACGAUGGAGUGGCCGUCAUCUGCAUCAUUGACCACCCAGCCGUGAAGGACUUCCAGGCCCAGAAAUACCUGGAAGUGCAGUAUAAACCAGAAGUGCAGAUUGUAGUGGAAUUCCCAGAGGGUUUGACCAGAGAAGGGGAAAAUCUCGAGCUGACAUGCAAAGCUAAAGGAAAACCGCAGCCUCAUCAAAUUAACUGGCUCAAAGUGGAUGAUGAUUUCCCCUCCCACGCCGUGAUUACUGGCACUGAUCUCUUCAUCGAAAACCUUAACAAGUCCUUCAACGGAACGUACCGCUGUGUGGCAUCUAACUUAGUGGGAGAAGCCUAUGAUGAUUACAUCCUUUAUGUAUAUGAUUCAAGAGCAGAUGGAGCGCCACAGAAAAUUGAUCACGCCGUCAUCGGCGGCAUUGUCGCUGUGUUUGUGUUCGCCAUGCUUUGUCUCCUGAUUGUUCUCGGACGAUAUUUUGCAAGACACAAAGGUACCUACUUUACUCACGAAGCCAAAGGAGCAGACGACGCCGCGGACGCCGACACUGCCAUCAUCAACGCAGAGGGUGGACACAACAAUUCGGAUGACAAGAAGGAGUACUACAUUUAACUGACUAGACCUGUUUGCUUCCUGUGCUGAACAGCAAACUGUGGACUGCUGGGUUGGGAGGUAGGAGUUGUGGGAUUCAAUCAGGCUGGAUUCACACCUGUGCAGCUGAAGAGACGGUGAGGAGAAGGUGCUGCCAUCGAGACGGACGGGGUGUGGGAUGGCAGAGCACGAGGAGAGCUCAAUUUAGACCGCUUCACCAUCCAACACCUC